CCCCCCUCAUCUAACUAUUAGAUUUCUUCACGAUCCUUCAGACUUCAAAUCCGCCGUCGACAGUAGCACUAUGACAACUGCCGCAAGUACAGUGGGCACCGCCCCAGGGCACUAGCGGGCCUAACCGCCCCGUAGAUAGGCCCCGACGGCAGGCCUUCCCCUACCCGAAACUGAACCAUGGUUCUGGGUUUGCCGCCCACUGCCUGCGUGCCCUGUGCCCAUGUCCUCUUCCCAUGUCAGACCCGACGACAUGGAUGCUCUAAUCCCAAGCCCGUCUGACGGCCUUGACAUGCAUGACCUCCCUGUCUGCAUGCAUGGGUUGCGCUCGGGGAAUAUCAUGGCCAGAUCAAUGCACGCUCUUGGCGCAAACCUAGCGGAGCAGACGGGUCGGCCAUCUGUCCCCAUCGAAGCCACCAGCAAUUCGGCUGAAUGGGAGACCGCGUUUCAUGUGUCACCUCUGCGGAGCCCGGCUGUUCGUCACAGAAAUGCUUUCUCCUCGGGCUCGAGUGUCCUACUGUCCCUGAGACUGGGCAACACUAUAAGGGAGAGAAGGGAGCCAGUCCCGGGCUGAUAUUGUGACGGUGCUGCGUCGGCCGUUUACCAGAACAGGUAUGUCUUAAAGUCUCCGCAUCUGUUUAGGCCCCGAUCAUCUGUCGCUCAGUCGGACUCGGAGUCACUGUUCCAACGCCACGGGAGACGCCAUUGGUCUGUCCCUCAGGGGCGGUCGCAUGCCAAAAACUCUGCCAGCCUCGACUUGAACCGGCCAUCUCAGGUUGCUGUUAGUCGCCUUCACUUUGAGCCCUUAGAUCAUUGCGCGAUACCCAAAGGAGCGGUGAGCGUGUCGGAUGCAGGUCGACUGUCAUAAUAAGAAGGGGCAAAAAAUCCUGCAUCGAAAUUGGGAGGGCUAGUGGCAGACUUAGCACCUCCCGACCUUUUAGAUUCACCUACCUGUGCUUUACAAUCGUUCAGUAGACAACCCCACCUGUUUCGAGCAUUGAUGCCGUCAUACAUUACGUCCCUGAAAGCCUUGUAUGUUAGUAGAAAGCUAGGACACUCGCCGUGAUUGGGGAGUCGCUUCUGCCUCGAAGGUGACAACGGGACGAAGCCAGGACUCCCGACGGCUCUGCGCCUCCAAAGCCCGAGAAGUCUUUGGCCUCCAAUAAUUGCGACGAGACUAG